AAUACAUGCCGAACGAUGAGAAAGAUGGGGUGUGGUUUGUUCUUAAAAGUGUAAACAAGGUUUAUCAUAUGGCGCUUGUUUAUGCUGUGUACAACGAAUAUGUUUCAAACACCAUCAACAUUUCAUUGCAAGUAUUUGACAACGAGUGUGGUUAUUUAAACGUCAUUGAAUAUCCACCAAAGACAGGCGAUACUUCUCGGAUAGCAUACUUUCCAACACAAAACGUUCUUGAUCGUAACACAGACUUCUUUCGAGGAUGGCGUACGGCUGUCGGUGUCAUCAUACUCAAACAUGGUGUCUACGAAGAGCACUAUGAUCCACGAAACAGGCAUUACAUUCUAUCGGUUUACAAUGUAACUAAACGAACUGAUUAUUUCCUAACGUGCAAACGAAUUCGACAGUAUCCAAGAACUAACAAAGUGUCCGUUUUUGUAGGUAACCCAGAUCUUGGCCCACUAUGUUCAUUAGAUAGAUGUGUGGAUUGUGUGUGUGUUUCCUCCGGCGAGAAUAUCUCUUGCAAGUCUUCCAGCGAAGAAGUUCAAAUACGAAUUGGGAUCAACACAUUACGUUUACAUACGAGACUACUUGAAAAUUCGUAUGAGCACACUAUAAAUGACGUGAAUAAUACAAGCCACAUGCAAACAAUAGAAUGCUAUGCUAGAUUUGAUAGCAACCGCGACAUCUGGUUCAGAGCAAACGGGUCUCUUUACAUAAUUGUUCCUCCAGCUGAGCUUGAGAUGAGUUUCCCAAUGCUAAAGUAUGGAGAUCUUGUGAAUAUUACAUGCACCGCAUUCCAAGUUAGACCGCCGCCUAAACUGCAGAUGACCUUGGAUGGAAAAACGGCAGAUGAUGCAAGGCAGAUCGACGUUCUGAACGAUUCAAGCCAAUUGUAUACAAGUAGUUUAGUUAAACAGCUCAAUUUGGAUAGACGGUGGAGCAAUACAACAGCUAUUUGUACAUCUAUAUCAAUACUUAAUUAUCAGGAGCAUACGCAAGUUAAUUCCACCAGCAAGAUUCUGUCUUACACAUAUCCCCCGUCUCAUCUCAACAUGACCAGACCACCUAGGAUUGACCAAGUUGCCUCUGGGUACAAUUUUCAUAUUGGCUGCAAAGCAUUCGACUUCACUGAUGUUUGCAGCAUUAAGUGGUCCUCUGACAAUUAUUGUUUGAACAUACAUAGCACAACAGUGUCGAGACAAUUACUUGACAUCGAGUCUUGGAUACACGUCAACGUAUCACAGCACACGACGGAAUGUCGGAUCAAUUGCCGUGUUGUCUGCAAUGAAUAUACUGUUUUAAUGGAGGAGAAUGUCACUGUGGAAAUACCAGGCAUCGCUCCUGUUACAAGCAGCAACUCAACAGAGUCGUUCCCGCUGAAAUUAAUUAUUUCUGUGUCUGCGCCGCUACUAGUGCUGUGUUGCACUGUUUUGGCAGUGUUUAUUGGCAGGAAGCGUCAUUUAUGUACACAACAACAAAGCCCGACUGAACAGCAUCAUUACACUUCCUUGUGGAAUAGAGACGGCGUUCAUUUUGCACGGGAUCAACCGGGUAAGAAUAAAAUAAAAAUAAAAUAAAUAUAUUAAAUUUUAUGAAAUUAAAUAAAAGUGUCAAAG